CUUCUACUUCUCAAAAAGGGAACCGUGUUUGGGGAAGAAUCAAAUGUCCAUAUUUCUUCUUUCAGCCUUAUCAAGGGUUCUGGUUGGAACUUUCCACCAAUUUUUUCCUUGUUUUCCUCUCUCUAGCCGUGGCUCUGCCACUCUCUGCCUGUCACAGUGAAGUCAGCAGCAGGCCUCCAGGGCAAGGCUGUGAAACUGUGAAAUUUGCCAUAAGGGUGUCAGGUAUUUCUUACUGGCUUCCCAGAAUUUUAGAUCAAGAAACCUUUCCCUGGCGUGUCCCCUUCAGGUUGCAUUUGGACGCUGUCUUGAGUUGAAGGAGAAGGAGCUGUAGAGGGCAAGAGCAAAGCAGCAGAGGAAAAAUGCCCCAGAGCUGCAGGCCAACCCGGGUGGACACGCUGCGCGUCAGACAUACCCACCUUGCCCGGGCUAUGCUCAAGCAGAAUCAACUUAUUUUCUACUGAGAGUUCAAGCCCUUCAAGAUAAUGCUGCUCUUCCUUAUCCUUCUGUUGCCGGUAGUUUUGAAAUUUAGUUUUGUCAGCCUCUCAGCACCAGCGCGCUGGAACUGUCCUGCAGGCUUUCCCUCAGGAAACGGGAAUGCCACUUGUGUGGGUCCUGCACCCUUCUUAAUUUUCUCCCAUGGAAACAGUAUCUUUAGGAUUGACUUGGAAGGAACUAAUCAUGAGCAAUUGGUGGCAGAUGCUGGAAUAUCAGUGCUCAUGGACUUCCAUUACAAUGAGAAAAGAAUCUAUUGGGUCGAUCUAGAAAGACAACUUUUGCAAAGAGUUUUUCUGAAUGGGACAAGGCAAGAGAAAGUAUGCAAUCUAGAGAAAAAUGUUUCAGGAAUGGCAAUAAAUUGGAUCAAUGAAGAACUUAUUUGGUCAAAUCAACAGGAAGGCACCAUUACAGUAACAGAUAUGAAAGGAAACAAUUCCCGUGUUCUCUUAAGCGCCUUAAAAUAUCCUGCAAAUGUAGCAGUUGAUCCAGUAGAAAGGUUGAUGUUUUGGUCUUCAGAGGUGGCCGGCAGCCUUCACAGGGCAGAUGUUACAGGUAUGGAAGUGAGACUUCUGUUGGAGACAUCAGAGGAAAUUGCAGCUGUGUCAUUGGAUGUGCUUGAUAAACGGCUCUUUUGGAUUCAGUAUAACAGAGAAGGAGGCAGUUCUCGUAUUUGUUCCUGUGAUUAUGAUGGAGGUUCUGUCCAUUUUAGCAAACAUCUCACACAGCACAAUGUGUUUGCAAUGUCCCUUUUUGGUGAUCACAUCUUCUAUUCAACAUGGAAAAAGAAGACAAUUUGGGUAGCUAACAAGCACACUGGGAAGGAUAUGGUUAAAAUGAACCUCAAUCCAGCAUUUGUACCACCUGGUGGAAUUAAAGUAGUGCAUCCACUCGUUCAGCCCAAGGCAGAGGGUGAUGCUUGGGCCUCUGGCUCAGGGUCCUGCCGUGGGCGCAUCAGAUGUACACAUUCAGAUCAGAAGCUCUGCAAACUGAGGAAGGGUAGCUGCAGAGGCAGCAUGUGUGGGCAAGAGCCAAAGUCCCACGUGUGCACGUGUGCAGAGGGAUACACUUUAAGCCAAGAUGGAAGGAAGUGUGAAGAUGUCAACGAGUGUGCCUUCUGGAAUCAUGGCUGUACUCUCGGGUGUGAAAACACCCCUGGAUCCUAUUAUUGCACGUGUCCUGCAGGAUUUGUUCUGCUCCCUGAUGGGAAACGGUGUCAUCAAUUAAUUUCCUGCCCAAGCAAUGUGUCUGAAUGUAGCCAUGACUGUGUUCUGACAUCAGAUGGUCCCAUAUGUUUCUGUCCUGAAGACUCAGUACUUGAGGCAGAUGGAAAAACAUGUAGCGGCUGUUCGUCACCUGAUAAUGGUGGGUGCAGCCAGCUCUGCCUUCCUCUCAGUCCAGUAACCUGGGAAUGUGGCUGCUUUCCUGGGUAUGACCUACAGUUGGACAAAAAGAGCUGUAGAGCUUCAGGACCACCACCGUUUUUGCUGUUUGCCAAUUCUCAAGACAUUCGACACAUGCAUUUUGACGGAACAGAUUAUGAAACUCUGCUCAACCAGCAAAUAGGAAUGGUUUUGGCCCUAGAUCAUGACCCUGUGGAAAAUAAGGUAUACUUUGCCCAUACAGCCCUGAAAUGGAUAGAGAGAGCUAAUAUGGAUGGUUCCCAGCGAGAAAGGCUUUUUGAGGAAGCAGUCGAUGUGCCAGAAGGUCUUGCCAUAGACUGGAUUGGCCGUAGAUUCUAUUGGACAGACAGAGGGAGAUCUCUCAUUGAAGGGAGUGAUUUAAAUGGAAAAUACCGCGAAGUAGUCAUUAAGGAAGACAUCUCUCAGCCACGAGGAAUUGCUGUUCAUCCAGUGGCCAAGAGGUUAUUCUGGACUGAUAUGGGGACUAAUCCACGAAUUGAAAGUUCAUCCCUUCAAGGCAUUGACCGACGGGUUAUAGCCAGCUCGGAUCUGGUCUGGCCCAGCGGAAUAACAAUUGAUUACUUAACUGACAAGUUGUAUUGGUGCGAUGCCAAGCAGUCUGUGAUUGAAAUGUCCAAUCUGGAUGGUUCGAGACGCCAGAGACUUGCCCAGAACGAUGUAGGUCACCCAUUUGCGGUAGCUGUGUUUGAGGAUCACGUGUGGUUCUCUGACUGGACUAUGCCAUCGGUAAUAAGGGUGAACAAGAGGACUGGCAAAAAUAGGGUACGUCUCCGAGGCAGCAUGCUGAAGCCCUCAUCACUGGUUGUAGUUCAUCCAUUGGCAAAACCAGGAACAAAUCCCUGCUUACACCAAAAUGGAGGCUGUGAACAUAUCUGCAAAGAGAGUUUUGGAACUGCUCAGUGUUUGUGUCACGAAGGUUUUCUGAAAGCCCCAGAUGGAAAAAUGUGUCUGGCUCUGAAUGGCCAAGAGAUAUUGGCAGGUCGUGGGAAAGAUCUGAGUGAUGGAGUAAUGCCUAUGGACACCUUACCCAGGAGCAGAGAGCUUGAAGAUAACCUUACAGGAUCUCAACACAUUCUAGUGGCUGAAAUCAUGGUUUCAGAUGACGAGGACUGCGGCGCUGCGGGAUGCAGUGCGCAGGCGCAGUGUGUUACAGAGGGAGAGGACGCCACGUGUCAGUGUUUGAAAGGAUUUGCUGGAGAUGGAAACCUGUGUUCUGAUAUAGAUGAGUGUGAGCUGGGCACCUCGGUGUGCCCUCCUACCUCCUCUGAGUGCAUCAAUACCGAAGGUGGUCACGUCUGCCGCUGCUUGGAAGGCUACCAGGGAGAUGGGAUCCACUGUCUCGAUAUUGAUGAGUGCCAACUAGGCAUGCACACCUGUGGGGAAAAUGCCACCUGUACAAAUACGGAGGGAAACUACAUCUGCACAUGUGCUGGCCGCCCCUCUGAACCCGGACGGGUUUGCCCUGACCCUACUCCACCCUCUCACCUCGGGGAGGAUGGCCGCUAUUCUGUGAGAAAUAGUUACUCUGAAUGCCCGCCGUCCCACGACGGGUACUGCCUCCACGGUGGUGUGUGUAUGUAUAUUGAAGCCGUUGACAGCUACGCCUGCAACUGUGUUUUUGGCUACGUUGGCGAGCGAUGUCAGCACAGAGACUUGAAAUGGUGGGAGCUGCGCCACACUGGCCUCGGGCGACAGCGGAACGUCACGGUGGUGGCCGUCUGCGUGGUGGUGCUGGUCCUGCUGCUGCUCCUGGGGCUGUGGGGGGCUCACUACUACAGGACUCAGAAGCUGCUAUCAAAAAAUCCAAAGAAUCCUUAUGAAGAGUCAGGCAGAGAUGUGAGUGGUAUCAGGCCUGCAGACGGCGAGGCUGAGAUGUCCUCUUGCCCCCAACCUUGGUUUGUGGUGAUAAAGGAACAUCAAAAUCUCAGGAAUGGGAGUCAACCUGGAGCCCCCAAGGAUGGCCUGGGAGCAGAUGUUGGCCAAUUUUCUUCCCUGGAGCCUGGGUCAUUGCAGCCGACAUCAUGGAGGAAGGAACCCCAGAUGUAUAUGGACACAGAACAAGGAUGCUGUAUUCCAUCCUCCAGUGAUAAAGGCUCUGGUCCCCAGGGAAUAGGGUAUAGCUUUCAUCUCCCCUCCUAUGGGGCACGGUCCAUUGCUGUCGGGGUUGAGAAAUCCCAUUCUCUCCUGUCAGCUAACCCAUUAUGGCAACAAAGGGCUCCAGAUCCACCACACCAAAUGGAGCUGACUCAGUGAAAACUGGAAUUAAAAGUAAGAUCAAGGAGAACAAACUGUACCGAUGGACAGUAAUACUUCCUUUCAAAAAGUAGAAGAAAAAUACAGAUUUUUGUUCUACAAUCUCUAUGACUAAUCACGCACUCAGCAUCAAAGACAAAUAUUUACUGUGCUUUUAUUUCUUCCUUCAAGCAGUCUCACUGCAGAUUGUCAAGUAAAAGUAAUUGGGAGAAUCACUCGGUAACUCAUUAGAAACCAAAAUGGGGACAGUAGUGUCUGUAAAAAGUGUUGUCUUCAAUAAUCAAUACAGAGAGGUUUUUGUUUUUGUUUUUACCUACAGCCCCAGAAGAAAUCUGGAGUUACGGCAAUCAUUCAUACUGGUUUGGUCAGUUACAAAGUAAUUUCUUUGAUCUGGAUAGAACAUUUAGCUCAAUCUUAUGAAAUGGUUGGCAUAUUAAAAUUAUUGUUAUAUAGGCAUUUAACUUCUCCUUGCUAUGGUCCAUACUGGUAAUUUUUCAGAAUGAAUUAUGAUAAAUUAAUGAACAUUGUAUUAACCUAGAACCUUGAUUUCUUCAGAAUUAGAUGGCUUAUUUUUUUCUAUUUUAAAAUCUUUGAACGAAGACAUUUAAUCUUUAAAACAUUACCCAAGAGACUUUUGUGUUUCUCAUUCAUUACUGUCUUUUUCCCCACAGAAUUUAUUUCUAAUGAAAAUGGUAAAUUCCCCCUUUGUGUGUUUGCACAGAAUUUUUACUUAUUUUCAAAAUAUGAGAUUGUAAGCAGAUUGCCUGAUUUAUUUUCAUUUUGAACAACAAUGAAGUUCUUCUAAUUAUUUAAAUAAAAUCAGCAUAAAGCAUUAA